UGCAGAGUAGAGAGUGGGAGGGGGUGUGGGCUUGGGGCUUGCCCGUGUCCGCCGGUGCUUAUCAAAUGUUGAGAGAUCAGCUGAUUGUUAGAUAGAAUAACACUCUGAAAGUUGUUAGUUACAGGGAAAUUAAUAUAGCGCGGGUUAUUUUUAUUGCUCAAUAUGGUGGUGUUAAAUCCAGGCUGUGAGCUAGACUUGGGAUGGCUUAACUCAAUCCAUGUGAACACUGCUGCUGUCCACCAACGUGCUGCAAACCUUCAGUCACGGAAAGCUGUGAAAGGUCCCUACCAAGCCGCCUGGCUUUUAAGAGCAGUGACUUGUAUUGACUUAACGACACUGGGUGGUGAUGAUACAGAUUCCAAUGUUAUGCGCCUGUGUGCCAAGGCUUGCCGAGCGGUCUCUGAGGAUAUGUUGGAGGCUUUAGGAUUCGAAGCUGGUAAUAUUCAGACAGCAGCGGUUUGUGUUUAUCCUGCUAAAGUACCUAUUGCUGUUGCAACAUUGAAGAAGAUGAAAAUGGAAAACAAAAUAAACGUUGCCUCAGUUGCCACUGGAUUUCCCUCCGGCCAGUAUCCAUUGGAGACUCGACUUGCAGAAAUACGAUGGGCAGUGGAGAAGGGAGCACACGAAAUUGAUAUUGUUGUUGACCGCAGCCUUGUGAUAAAUAAGUUGUGGGUUGACUUGUAUCAGGAAAUUCAAAAGAUGAAAGAAGCAUGUGGAAGUGCACAUUUAAAAACCAUUCUUGCAGUUGGAGAGCUUGGGUCGUUUGACAAUGUAUACAAGGCUUCACUUGUUGCAAUGAUGGCCGGUUCUGAUUUCAUAAAAACAUCCACAGGAAAAGAGGCAGUAAAUGCAACCAUCCCAGUGGGAAUUGUCAUGUGCCGAGCAAUCAAGGAUUACUGGACUAGAACUGGCUAUCAAGUUGGAUUCAAACCAGCUGGAGGAAUUCGCACUGCUGCUGACUCCCUUGCCUGGCUUAUCAUGAUUAAGGAGGAGUUAGGUAAUGACUGGCUCAAUAACAAGAUGUUCCGAUUUGGGGCAUCUGGUUUGCUUGGCGACAUUGAGCGUCAACUACAUCAUCACAUAACUGGCCGCUACGCAAGUGCAACUCAAUUUGCUAUGGGGUAGAAAAAGUGAAAUAUUUUACUUGUAUAAAAAAUGCUCUAUUUUAAUUAUUAAACAAGACUGGAUAUAAACUAAAUAA